UUUUGAUUUCCCCCCACCCCCCCAAAAAAAAAAUUGAGCCUUCUUCACAUCAAGAAAAUCCAUUUUUCCUCCAUUUUUUGCACUGAAUCAACCAAGCUUUUUUUCUUCAUUCAAUGGUAGAAAUACAGAAUAAUAAUAACCACUCUAUUACCACUAUUAUCUUCAAAAAUCGUCACUACUCCACCACCUAGCCACCUUAACAUUCACCAUUUUCAUACCUUUACGCCAAUUCUAAUACCCACCAUCACAUUAGCCAAAUUUUUGAUAAAGAAAUUUUAAAAUUAGAUACCCACUUGGUCAUCUCCUCCAAAGCCCAUUCAAAUCAUAUGAUUAGGAAGAUUUUUUUUAAAAGAAAAAAAAAGAGUUAUUGCACUCAUCUUUUAUUUGUUUUUAUAUAUAAAAACUUCUAUUAGUUACAUAUAAUUAGUUAAUACUAUGUUAUUACAUCAAUUUAUUACUACUCUUUACAAGUCGUGUUAUUUCAUCAUUGUUAUUUCAAAAUCUUGUUGUGGUCUAUUUAGAAAUGAGUUGUGGACAAAUUUUGAAUCUUGGCCUAUGGAAAUGCACAUUAGGUGUUUGAUGAUAUGUGGAAAUGUUUGAUUCACUUUCUUUUUCUGUGAGUGCUGUGGAUGCUUUAUUUGAGUAAUUAAGUUGUUAUGCAUGAGGUGAGGAUAUACUUAUGCUGAAAAGGGGGCUAACAGGACGUAUGAAUUAAUUGAGUUUUGAGUUAUUAAGUUGAAGCUUGAUGCAGCAAUGCAAGUGCAUGGUGUUACUGGUACUUCUGAAUAAUUAAGGCCUCCUUUUAAGGGAUAUAUUAUUACCCCUUAUUUUUCGUAAGUUUCAGUACUGAGUAAAUAAGAUAUACAUUGUAAUUAUAAGAGACCUAUGGAUGGUGUAGCUCUGUUAUCCCCCAAUAUCUAUAUAUAAAUACACAUAUCUGUAGAUUUCUACUUCCCGUGGAACAUCUUUUCGACCCUUGAGUUGCAGGGUUGUUGCCUUGUUGGUUUCUCUGCGGUUUCUUCAAAAGGUACCAUUAACUAACUCUUUUCUUUCUCUUAUGUUCCCUAGUUGAGAUUAUGAUCUCCUUUUUUUUUUAAAUUUCUUUUGAUUCAUGUGUUUUUGUUUCUGACUUCUUCUUUCUUCAUUUUUACCAUUUGCCAACUCUUACAGUCCUGUACUAAUUUCUGCCUCCCUUUUGCUGUUGGGGUUCAUCAAUCUGUUUGUGUUCUAAAAGUAUCAUCUUUUAUUUAACUUAUCAAAAAAUAUUUUUGCUAAUUAAAGAAAAAGAUCAAACUUUUAUAUAUGGUCUCCUUCUCCUUCGGUUCUUCCCCCACCCUUUGCGUCAUAAUAUAUAUUUUAUUUUGUUUUAUGUUGAUGACACUAGAGUGGGAAACUACUGGGUUUGUUUUUGUUGUUGUUGUUGUUGUUGUUGAUGAUGAUGACACUAGAAUGAAGCUAUUUAGUUAUUUGUUUAUUUUUGCAUUCUCUUUUCCACUUUUUAAGGACUCUGAUAAUCAGUUGGUUGGAAUCUCCUUUGAGUCUCUGUUUGUUUUUGAUCGUUCAAUAGCUUCGUUGAACUAUAUUGCACGAGUUGAGAUUUUGAGAAAAGUUGAAUCUUCAUUUCUAAAAAGGUGAAAGCUUUUGUUCUAAUAGGAGUCUCCCUACACAUAUUCGGGGAGGUUAUAUACAAAAUCAUGAACUUGUUCAUGUUAAGUAAAUAUACCAUUGUUCCAAUAAUUUAAGCAUGUUUAAUGUAAUAAAUAGUCUUUAUCUCAAAUUGCUUGUAUUUAAACUCACUAGUCAAAAAAAAAAGUUCUGGUGAGAUAAUGAUGCUUCAUCAGAUAUGGAGUAUAAAUUUUUGGUUUCACGUAUUUUGGUGCUCUUUCGCUGCAGUUAUCACCAACUACACUUGUGAUUCUAUAAUUUAAAUGGCCAUGCACAGUGGAGGGAUUUUAUGCCUCAUUUAGUAUCUGGAAUGCAUGCUUCCUAUGUGAGCUUCGCAAAGCAUAAUGAGAGAGAGAGAGAGAGAGUUGUCUUAGGUUGAUGGCAAGCGUAAUAGUAGUCUAAUAAUGAUAAAACCCCUCUAACCACUGAAUAAUAAACUUGAAGAAUUAUAGAGAAUGUGUCUAGUGAAUUCCGAUUAGUUUGGGAUUGAGGAAUAGUUGAUUGAUUUCUCUUUAAUGUCUAUAGUAAAAAGAGGAAGGGUAUUUGAGGUUUUCAAUUACUCUGUCGCGGGGCUUCCAUCUAUGAGGAAUGCGAUGUUUGAACUUGUUCAGAAAAAAACUUAUAUUGGCAGUUAUCUGGAGAGGAAAAAAGGAAGAAAAGAAGUGUAAUGUCUCUUUUUUAGCUUUUAUUUAAGAGGCUGAAUUGACAGAUGCUGAUCCAGGGUUCCUCCUGAAGAUGUGGACCUCACUGGCCGUGUUUCUGUCUCCUAUUUAUUUUCCUUCUUCAAUCUCUACAUUUAGAGCUUUCUUUCAUCGCUUUCAUCUUCUUUGUCACUCUUUGUUCAGGUUUUCUCCUGCCAUUUUCUCUGUUUACUACGCAUUUCUGCUUUGCAAUUCCUAUUUUCCCUUUAUUUUCUGUUCUUCACCCUAGUUUCAUGUUGACUUUGCUUUUGGUUUUCAGCGGAGCUAGUAUAGAAAUGCUAUGGGAUCUUACAUUUUAAUUUUGCGUUGUUGUCCUUUAUUUCAUUGUGUAUUAUUUUACCUCUUAUAAAUACACGUGCAAUUUAAUUUUCUGAUUGUUAUUGUUGCUAAAUCUUCAUUUUGGGAACAUCUGAGUGCUAAGUUUUGAUUUUGAAUCGUAGGAUGUUCUACAAAUGAUUUAUAUUUCUAAUAUUCGCUGGACUAUUCGUCUCUCAUUUGUGUAAUUCCAGUGCUGAUCAUUGAAUGGUUACAUGUCCAUACCUUUUUUGCAUUUCUUCUUCUCAAUCCCUCACAAAAAGAAAAAAACUAGGUAUAUUGAUUUUUAAUUAAAACAGAGAGGCUAAACCUCCGUGUUAGAUCUGAUAAUUGAAGAUAUGGUGUAUGUGGAUAAUAGGCAAUACCGACUUGUUGGGAUUGUGGCGUAUUGAUGUUACAUCUAGAUUAGGUUGGGUUUUCAUGAGAGCUUUUUCAGUCCGGUAAAAGACUUGUAUGUCAGUGAAUAGAUAAAUGUUCGAUUAAAGAACAUCUACUAUUCUAGAUAAUCUCAAAAUUUGUCUUAAAAGACCAAUUUAGUAUGGAAUUAGAUUGGGCCCGAAUAUAGCAGAAUAUUUACAACCUAAAGGAAAAUCAUAUAGUCAACCCAUAAAAGUUGGAAUUGUGGCUUAGUUGAUUGAAUGAUUCAUGUGUUUAAAAGGUGAAAAUUGUCUGAAAGUUCUUUCUGAGGUAAAGCUCCUCUUUGUUUCAUUGAUCUAAAUGCUUUGCCCUUCUGUUGAAGGAAAGGGUCAGUUCGUGUGAUUGAUGGAAAUGUCUUUCAAGAAAAUUGUUCGCGAGCUAAGGGAGAUGAAAGAUGGGAUAGGGAAUAUAUCAAGGAGGGGAGCAGAAAGAAAGCAGCAUUGGAGCAACAGAACCCGGUCACAUAUUGUCCCAUAUGUGGCCCUUUCUGAUCCCAUUGAACAAGGGCAGUGGGCAAAUUUACCACCAAAAGUGCUUUUGGAUAUCAUCCGCAGGGUUGAAGAGAGUGAGGUAUCGUGGCCUGCUCGUUCUGUCGUUGUCUUUUGCGCAUCUGUUUGCAGAUCAUGGAGGAAAAUUACAAAGGAGAUUGUUAAGACUCCUGAGGAAUGUGGUAGGCUUACCUUUCCCAUUUCACUGAAGCAGCCGGGUCCCCGUGAAUCCCCAAUCCAGUGCUUUAUUAAAAGGGACAAAGCUAAUUCAGUAUAUCGCCUCUACUUGGGUAUGAUUCCAUCUGAGAAUGAGAGGGAUAAACUAUUGUUGGCCGCCAAAAAGAUCAGAAGGGCAACAAGCACAGACUUCGUGAUAUCGUUGGCUGCAGAUGAUUUUUCUCAAUCUAGCAAUACAUAUGUUGGGAAACUGAGGUCUAACUUUGUUGGAACCAAGUUUUCCAUAUAUGAUAGCCAACCUUCAAGCGAAACUGCCAUUGAACAAGGUCGAGUUGGUCAAAGCUUUCAAGCAAAGAAAAUUUCUCCAGGUGCAUGCAACUACAGAGUAGCUACCAUUUCCUAUGAGCUCAAUAUUGUUCGUCGUCCUAGGAGAAUUCAUUGCGCAAUGCACUCUAUCCCUUUCUCUUCAAUCCAGGAGGGAGGCAAUGCUCCAACACCUACAUCAUUCCCUCAAUCUUUUGAUGAGAAGUCAUUUUCUACACCACUCUCAAAAACAAAGGAGCCAGCUAUAGAUAUCAGCUUGUCUGAUUCGCCGCUUUUGCUAAAAAACAAGGCUCCUAGAUGGCAUAAACAAUUGCAAUACUGGUGCUUAAAUUUUAAAGGCCGUGUUACGGUGGCUUCUGUGAAAAAUUUUCAGCUACUGGCAGCAGUUGAUCCUUCUCACAAUAUACCAGUCGCAGAACAAGAGAAAACAAUUCUACAGUUUGGCAGAAUUGGAAAUGACUGGUUCACAAUGGACUACCGCUACCCACUUUCUGCUUUCCAAGCUUUUGCGAUCUGCUUGACCAGCUUUGACUCGAAACGAGCCUGUGAAUGAUUUCAUGCAGAUUUUAAACAUGAUAAACUUUCUUCUUUUUCAUUGCUUUCGUAAUGUUCUAAAUUCAUGUUUCAUUCUCUAAGUUCUCAAUGCACGGCCCUUUAUAUAAA